CUCAGUGGUAAGCGCCGAGCAGCUGGUCGGGAGCCGCCGAGUCCGCGGCGGGUCGGAGGCGUCGCGGGGCCGGGGCGGCUGAAAACGCAGUUUCAUAAGUUUCUCCAUAAAGGUCUUGCAGUAAUUUAUAAGAGUGAUCACCACAUGAUCUUUAAGAGAGAUCACUAGACAAAACAAGGAAAAUUUGUGAGAAUCAAGAAUGAUGGACCCAUGUUCAGUUGGAGUCCAGCUUCGUACCACAAAUGAGUGCCAUAAAACCUACUACACUCGUCAUACAGGUUUCAAGACUUUGCAAGAAUUGUCAUCAAAUGAUAUGCUUUUACUUCAACUUAGAACUGGAAUGACGCUUUCUGGGAACAACACAAUUUGCUUUCAUCAUGUAAAAAUUUACAUUGACAGAUUUGAGGAUUUGCAGAAGUCAUGUUGUGACCCAUUUAACAUACACAAAAAGCUAGCCAAAAAAAAUUUGCAUGUAAUUGACUUAGAUGAUGCCACUUUUCUGAGUGCAAAAUUUGGAAGACAGCUCGUACCUGGUUGGAAGCUUUGUCCAAAAUGUACCCAGAUAAUCAAUGGAAGUGUGGAUGUUGAUUCUGACGACCGACAAAGAAGGAAACCUGAAUUGGAUGGAAGAACUGCUAAAGCAUUGAGGUCACUGCAGUUUACCAACCCAGGGAAGCAAACUGAAUUUGCUCCAGAAACUGGGAAAAGAGAAAAAAGGAGACUUACAAAGAGUUCAACUGCUGGUUCAGACAGACAAGUGAUACCAGCGAAGAGUAAGGUCUACGAUAGCCAAGGCCUCCUGAUUUUCAGUGGGAUGGACCUCUGUGACUGCCUGGAUGAAGACUGCCUAGGAUGUUUCUACGCGUGCCCCGCCUGUGGCUCCACCAAAUGUGGGGCUGAAUGCCGCUGUGACCGCAAGUGGCUCUACGAGCAAAUAGAAAUCGAAGGAGGAGAGAUCAUUCAUAAUAAACAUGCUGGAUAAUGUG